CUUAUAAUAUAUGUGAUAUUAACAAAUCAAAGAUAAGUAUCGUAUUUCAAUGUCAUUAUUAGUUGGAAUAUACUUUCAUAUUUAAAGGAUAAUAUUAAUUUCAUUCUUUUUUUAUAAAUCUAGAAAAAUCUUUAUAAAAUAUUCUUUCAAUGUUGUUGUCAUCAUUGUGUGUCUCAGGGUUGUCUAAUCAGUCUCGUUACUUUUAUCAGCUAUUUUAGGAUAAAAUGAAAAUAUCAGCCGUAGAUAUCAUCUUUUUAACAGCGAUAUUAUUCAUGCUGAUAGAUACAGGUAAUGAUUAAUUUUCAGUUUUGUUGACUUCACUUUUUGAUCUCAUGAAUAUAAGGCAUAACAAUUAUGCAAUUAUAAUAAUACUUUUUUGCCAUUUCCGUUCAGCGUUUUUGGCUGCUGGUUAUUGUUACCAAUGUAACUCUCAUAAUCCAGCAUGUGGAAUACAAGUGGCUGCAUCGUUAAAACUAGAUGCGACACCUUGCAAUGGACAAUGUUAUACAAGAAUAAAUCGAAACGAUAACGGAGUCAUCUAUCGUGGAUGUUCAUGGGAACACGGUUUUAUGACAUCACAGCCCACCGAGGUGUUAACGUUUGAAAGAAAUUCUGGUUGGGUAUUCUGCGAUAGUUCAUAUUGUAAUGGCCAAGCAGCAUCAUUAUUAGCUACUACGUGUAAUCAACCAAUUUGUCAAUUUUUAAAUUUUCCGGAAGACUGUAAAUUAACAAAUGCCGAUAUAACAUGCGGAGCUCAAUGUGGAAAUAAAUUAUGUUAA